CUUACUUAUGAAAAAAUAAUAUAAAAAAAUAUGGUGUCGUCGACAAUUUUCAAAAUAUUGGUUAUUGUUUUUAUUUGUUGUACAUGUUAUUGUUUAGGGGAUCGGAAAGAAAUACCAAUUGGUGGAAUAUUUCAUCAUGACAAUACAAAUAGUAAAAUUACAUUUUUACAACAAUUACAAAAACGAUCUAAUUUAUAUGAUGGAUUAUUCUAUUUUACAUCAAAAAUAUAUGAAGUAUCCAGAUUGGAUAGUUUCAAGGCGGGAAAAAUGGCAUGUAAUAUGACCGAGGAAAGAGUUGCAAUAAUAUUUGGGCCACAGAAUCGUGAAUGUAGCUCUAUUGUUAGUUCAAUUUGUCACAAUUUAAAAAUACCGCAUAUACAAACACAUUGGGAUGCAACACCACCUGACGAUAAAUUAUCAACAAUGACAAUUAGCAUGUAUCCGGAUGCUGAUGUAUUAUCCGAAGGCUACGCUGAUAUAUUGAAGGCAAUGGAAUGGAAAAGUUUUACAAUUAUGUAUGAAACAGAUGAUGCAUUAAAACGACUACAAGGUAUAUUGACAGCACAUAAAACAUAUGAUACAACAAUUACUGUACGACAAUUGAAUGAAGGGCCUGAUUAUAGAGCAUUGUUAAAGGAAAUUAAGGCUUCGGGCGAAACACAUAUAAUUCUUGAUGCUUCACCAGAAGUCACUCGUGAAGUUUUAACUCAGGCCUUGGAAGUUGGUAUGUUGGGGGAAUACAUGCAAUACCUUUUAACUAAUUUGGAUGCCCAUACAGUGGAUUAUGGACAAAUAAAAUAUGAUAUGAGUAACAUAACAGCAUUACGUCUUAUAAAUCCACAUAACAGAAAUGUUAAUCGAGUUGUGUUUGAUUUGAGUGACAAAAUAUCUGGUAUUACAGAAGCAACAUUACCAACAGAGAUGGCAUUGUUAUAUGAUGCAGUAGAUGUUUUUUAUCAUGGCUUAAUGAUGGCUGAACUGAAUCAAUCAGUCCGCGUGGAUUCAAUAUCUUGUGAGGAUGGCGGUGAAGAUGGAUUCGACCAAUGGUCCGAUGGUGAACGUCUUUAUAACUAUAUUCGAGAGGUUCAACUGGAUGAUGGAUUAACAGGUCCGAUUCAGUUUGAUGAAAAUGGACGUAGAACGGUAUUUACAUUAGAAUUUGUUGAACUCGUAGCAGAGGGCUUCAAACAAAUUUCUACAUGGGAUCCUAUUCAUCAUGUUAUUAAUAAUAAGACAUAUGAUGAGACACUAGCUCAGUACAGUGCUGCGAUACGAAAUAAAACCUUUAGAGUUGCAUCAAGACUUGGAGCACCAUAUUUUAUGAUGGCAAACGAAAGUGCUGAAGGAAAUGCUAGAUAUCGUGGCUACGUCAUGGAUUUAAUUGAUGAAAUUGCUAGACAUAUUGGAUUUAAAUAUGAAUUUUAUUUAGUACCCGACGGUAACUAUGGUAGCUACGAUAAAGCAAAAAAGAAAUGGGAUGGACUUAUAAAAGAGCUGUUAGACAGAAAUGCAGAUCUUGCUGUAUGUGAUUUGACGAUAACCUUUGAUAGACGAUCUGCAGUUGAUUUUACUAUGCCUUUUAUGACAAUAGGAAUUAGCAUUUUAUUUAGAAAACCAAUUCCAAAACCACCAGCACUUUUCUCUUUCAUGGCUCCCUUGUCCUUUGGUGUGUGGGUAUAUACAGCAACUGCAUUUUUAGGCGUUUCAUUCUUCUUAUACAUAAUUGCCAGAAUGUGUCCUAAAGAUUGGGAAAAUCCUCACCCAUGUAAUCCGGAACCCGAAGAAUUAGAAAAUAUAUGGUGCUUAAAAAAUUGUAUUUGGCUGUCAUUGGGGUCUUUCAUGUGUCAAGGGUGUGAUCUGUUACCAAAGGGCUCAUCAACUCGUAUCGCAACAGCUUGUUGGUGGUUUUUUGCGUUAAUUGUAACGCAAUCGUAUUGUGCUAACUUAACCGCUUUUUUGACCAAUGAACGUAUGGAUAGUUCAUUUUCAUCAGCUGAAGAAUUAGCCAAACAAACUAAAGUAAAAUAUGGAGUUGUAGCGGGAGGUUCCACAGGAAAUUUCUUCAGAGAUUCAAACCAUUCUACUUAUCAGAAAAUGUGGUCCACAAUGGAAUCAACACGUCCAUCAGUUUUCUUAAAAAAUAAUAAUGAAGGCAUUGAACGUGUAAAAAAUGCUGAAGGUAACUUUGCAUUCUUCAUGGAAUCUUCGUCAAUUGAAUACGUGACACAACGGCAAUGUGAGCUCACAAUGGUUGGUGGUAAACUGGAUUCGAAAGGUUAUGGGAUUGCAAUGCCAUUCAAUUCACCAUAUCGAACACAAAUCAGUAAAACAGUUUUGAAAUUACAAGAGGAAGGAAAAUUAUCUCUAUUGAAAAAGAAAUGGUGGGAGGAAAUGGAUGUAGUUGAAAAAUGUGGGGGAGAUAAAAAAGAUGACACUGCAAAUGAGAUGGGUUUCUCACAAGUUGCUGGUGUAUUUGUACUAUUAAUAGCUGGUUGCUCAACUGCAUUUUUAAUAUCAAUUCUGGAAUUUUUAUGGAAUGUACGAAAAGUAGCCGUUGAAAAUAAGUUAACUUAUACGCAGGCUUUAAAUUCAGAAUUUAAGUUUGCUAUACAAAUCUUCAAUAAAUCCAAACCUGUAAAAGCUUAUGCAUCCGAAUCAAGUUCCGAUGGUGAUAAUCGAAGUAUUGCUGCAAGUAUGUUACGUGGUGCAUCGUCAUUUUUACGUUUAGAUGCAAUGUUUGAAAAAGAAAAUCGUUUGUAAAAUAUUGUUUGUAAAACAGAAUUUAAUAUUAUUUAUAUAAAUGUGCUUACUUUAGCCUACAAGGUGUUAUUUUUUUAUUAUUAAAAACUGCGGUUUCAUAUCUUGAUAGCAAACAAUUUUAUAAAUUUAAAAGAGUAAGAUAAUUAAUUC